UCUUCAGCACUUUAUUAACGCAAGUCAAAAUCAAGAAGUAAUUUAUUCUAAUUGCCGGUUCAGUACCUGUACUGAUUUCGAUCAUUAUUUUUGCUGAUGUUAUAGUGCCAAGCAAUAAAUUAAUUCACAGGUCAUUGACAAAGUUGUAGCUUUCCAAAAUUUGGCCGGCAGGUAUUUUAAUUUUUGUUUAUGUGCGUACUGAGAUUACGGAAUGGUCAAAAAAACUUUGCCACUGCUUUGAAAAAUCUAGUCAAAAAUAAAUGUGUCGUGGUCCUUGCGAUGAGCCUGCGAAUGUAACUGAAAGUAUAGUUUAAAAAAAUUGAAAUGUUCUAAUUAUAGAGACAGCAUACAGGCCAUUUUAUUAAUGGUCUUUAAAAAACUCGAACGCAAUGUAUCUGUAGGUGAUUAUUUCCAGACGAAUAAACCAAUAUCCCUUAAAUUGUCACUUUCGAUUCUUGGCUUUCCUGUUACAAAAGAAACUUAAUGUUAAAUUCUGCCUUAGAGUAAUUAGAGGUUCUAUAAUGACUUAUCUAAAAGCAGUUAUUUCUUUAAAAGUGUCAUGGUUCAUAAUGCGUUCAUAACUAACAUUACAACUCCAUGUUUUUAUAGGUUCUUAACUAACAACAUUUCUUUCUUAUCUUGACAAGUGAACUUGUAAUUCCAACUGGUUUUCUUACAUACUUUGUGCCAUUUUUAAAACAGAGCAUGGUGACGUCUGGAGACAUCGUGUUAACCUUUUGUUUUGCCUCUCUGGUGUUGGCUGGUAUAGUGGGAAACAUUUUAGUCUCUUUAGUCAUCCUCUUAAACAAGACCAUGCAGACGCCCAUUAACUAUCUCCUUUUAAACUUGGCCGUGGCGGACAUCAUAACCGUUAUCUUCAUCAGUCCACAGUAUAUCUUUAUACACGCGUUUACGCAUCCAACGGGGGUGGCUGGCGAUUUCCUGUGCAAGUUCAUCACCGGUGGAAAUCUCUCUUGGAUCGGUGGUGUUGGCUCGGUGUUUUCUUUGGUCGCAAUCUCGUUUGAACGCUACCAGGCAGUAACGAACCCUUACAGCCCAGACUCAAAAUUUUCCAUGUCCAAAGUAAAGAUUCUUGUAAUUUCCUGUUGGGUUUUCACCACCGUUUUCAACUUCCCACUGUUCUUCGCCAUUUACUACGACAAGGAACAGAAGUUCUGUUUGGAAUCUUGGCCUUCUGCGGCUUACGGUAAAGCAAACACCACCGCUUGGCUGAUAGCCGUCGGAAUCAUCCCAGCCUCAAUUAUGGUAUCCUUGUACUCGAGAGUCGUUUACGAUUUGUGGUUCAAAAAAAUCAACGGAAACACUCAACUAGCUAUUCGCAAAUCACGGAAAAAGGUUACGAAGGUGGUAUUGAUCGUCAGCGUCAUUUACGCAGUGAGCUGGUUUCCACAGCUUAUCUUGUACUUUCUUAGUCACUACCACCAAGCUUUCGAAUUCGGAAACGUGGCAUACGUCAUUUCCGUUGUCAUGGUAACAUUCAACUCCGCAGUGAAUCCUAUGAUAUAUGCUUUCCAGAGUCAGCGAUUUAGACAAUAUUUCAAACAAUUGCUUUGUUGUGGAAGAAAUAGAAUACAUGUUGUUUUUCCACUCAGUGCACAAAAAACAUAUCCCAACAUCACCAGCCAUCUUGAUAAAAGAGAUACACCAGCAACAACUCUGAAUGCUGAAGUGGCAGAGGAAGAUACGGGUUUUAAAGACUUGUAUGACGACCCGCAACAAGCUGAUAGAACUGGACCUAAUGCGGAAUGUACAAAUGCAUGGGAUUUGUGAAUGUUUCAAUGUCCAACUUUAUGUCUUUGAUUUUUCAAAUACAAGUUUAUCAUUCAUGUCUUAUUCUAUGGCUACAGGGCCCGGUUGUAAUCGGUCUUCUUAUUAAUGUUUUAUUUUGUUACAUACACUCUUUUUUAUAUAAGAAUAUUGUAUUUCCGGCCCUGGCUGAAUAAUUUGACUUUUCUGCCGAUUUUAGGCUGAAAGUGUUCUUGUGAAUAUUCUUACGAUUAAGGCAAAAUAUGACAGACAUAACCUCUAGCAAAAAUGUCAUUAGCAACUAACACAAUAUUAUGGCUGUUUUUUUUCCAUUUUGGCUAGUUUUUCCGUUUAGAGAAAGGAAGUAUGUUAUGUGGUUUACUUCAAGCAUAUAACUGUAGCGUAUUUACAAAAUUUUCAACACACAGAGUUUCAGCCCCAGGCUUAUUCUUAAUAAAUUUUUAAAUUUCGGCCUCGAUAUCCUCAUAAAUAACUUUUUCUUUCUAAAAAAAAAGGUUAAAUAACCUCCUAUUAAACGAGUGCGUGGGCCGUUUUGGGGAAAAUUGUCCUAGAUAGUGGUACAAAAAACGUCAAUAUUCCCCAGUACGGCUCGAGAAAGCUAAGUUAGUCAUGGAAAUUGCACAUUUUGAGUUUGCGGACUUUAGAAAACAAAAUAUACACAGCAUGUAAAUGGCAAAAUCUGUACCAAGAAAGAACCUGCAAUCCGUAGGUUUGGAUUUAUUUCAAGGCUACCAUGCAAUCUAAUAAUUACUUUAAGUUUUGUUCUUUGGUUUUUCUCAUUCUUUUCAAAAUAAAAAAUAAAAAUAAAACAACUAGUAUUCUAUUUCGCAAUUCAUUUUCGUUGUCAUAAACUUUUGUGCUCGAUGGGAGCAAUUAAUUUUUCCUGAAACUGGCGAAAUAUUAAGCCAACCAUAUUUUGCCAUAUUUUGCCAUAUUUUCAGAUGUCAAGUAUUAUUUUAAAUCAUUAAUUGUAAGGAAUUAUUUUUCUUUAAUAUCUUUUAUGGAUUUCUUCAAUUUAACACUGAAUGAUUUUGAAACACUCACUAACAAAACUCGUUACCUAUCUCGAUCUCAUCCCAUUUAUCAGCUAUUAAUUUUGCGGAUCUCAGAUCUCAGUUUUCACUUGAAAACAAGCUCGCAAACUUUAAACGAGGUACUGUUCAUUUGAAAAAACCGCAGUCUCAACUGGACUGUUUAAAAAACUACAGCAAACUCUAGCUUUACCCAAUCAACAGCACCGAACUUCGGAGCCAACGCUAAUCUAUGGACCUUGCUUUGUCCAAAGGAGAUCAGUGCAAAAAGAUUAAAAUCAUUUUCCAUAGGUAAAGAAUGCUACAUCUUAAGAUCUUGUCCUUUUACUUACGUCAUCAGAAUAUAUGACAAACAGAGCCAAUAUACCAGUGUCAUAAUUCAACUCAUAAAUUUAUCAAUUUCUCACGUACGCACGUUGAACGUAUUGAUCCUCAAAUAUACGUCACCAGCCGUAUAACAUCAAUCGGACUAAACAGUAGCAGCGGAUAUUUGAUAGCAAUUAAUCGCGGUGUUCUUUAACGUUUUUUACACCGCCGCAACUUAAAUAUAAAAAUGAAGCAGUUCGUUAGUAGUCUUUAUCUAUUUCGUUCCUUACAAAGUUCUUGAAGACGUUUUACUGUUUAAUCCUCUAAAGAACUUUUCGCAAUAAAUGUAAAAAUAUUAUAUAUACAUAUAUACAUUUAAUGAACGCCGUACGACAAAUAUACAGCAUUUCUCAAGUUUGCAUAAAUUUCCCAAUAUUAAAAUUAAUCAAGGAAAAGAAAAACUGACGUUAUUAUGUCUCACGCAAUCCGAUCGGCAAAGGCUCAAUUUUUAUGCAAAACAACAGAAAAAUGCUUUCCUUUCGGACGCGACAGGCCGCGGGGAAGAAACA